CAGUUCACACCCCUCUGGACCCCACACCCCUCGUAUCCCACGUUGCCACCGCGCGGACCCGGCGUUCUCCAAAGGGAACCGGUACACAAACCCGCGUACGCCUUAACGGUCCAUCUGCUGACACGUGGAAAGAUCAACUACUUUCGUGAUAAAGCCCAGCUAGGCUCUUUCCCCUGCUUCCUCGACGCCACAGUUGCAAUUCUCCGGUCAUUCUACCACGCCCUUAGAAACGAACAAUCCGGAGUCAGGUCACUGCCCUCCUCUUCCCUUCUGAUGCUUCCACGGUCGGAAUCUCCGCUUCCAGAGGCCCAGCUCCUCAAGAAGCCCAAGCAUUCUUCCUCCGCCGCCGCCGGCGGCACCCCCGCCUCCAACCCAGACCACUCCGUAAACAGCGCCGCCGCCUCCCAGCAUCUCCAACUCCACCUUCCGCCCCGCCACCGCGCGGGGAUCGUACUCGUUGCCCUCGCUCUCCAGUUCCUCCUCCUAUUCACCGCCCGCUCAAUCCCCGGCCCCCGCCUCCACCUCCACCUCCUCCGCCACCGCCCCCCCAUCCCCGCUCCCUCCGCUGCCACCUCCGCCCCCGCGCCCUGUGCCGCCGGCAUGGUCUACGUCUACGAUCUCCCCCCGAUGUUCAACAAGGACCUCCUCGCCGCUUGCGAUGACCUAAACCCCUGGGCCUCCCGCUGCACCGCCCUCUCGAGUGGUGGCUUCGGCCCCCCGGCCACCGACCUCGCCGGCGUCAUCCCGUCCUCUCUCCUGCCAUCCUGGUACUCCACCGACCAGUUCGCCGCGGAGAUAAUCUUCCACCGCCGCAUGGUGGCCCACCGCUGCCGCACGCGUGACCCGUCCGCAGCCGCCGCCUUCUACGUCCCAUUCUACGGCGGCCUCGCUGUGGGGCGCCACCUAUGGUCCCCCAACUCCACCUCCAGCGACCGCGACCGCGACUGCGCCCUCCUCCUCCGCUGGGUCCACGAUCAGGCCCCCUGGCGCCGGUCCAGCGGCUGGGACCACUUCAUCAUUUUAGGCCGGAUCACGUGGGACUUCCGCCGGUCCAGAGAGGGCGACUGGGGCGGCAGCUUCCUCUACAUGCCCGGCAUGGAGAACGUGACGCGCCUCCUCAUCGAGCGCAAUCCUUGGGACGAAAAAGACGUCGGAAUCCCUUACCCGACCGGGUUCCACCCGCGGACAGCGGCCCAGGUGAGGGAAUGGCAGCGGUUCGUGCUGGGACGGAACCGGUCCGCGCUGUUCAGCUUCGCGGGGGCGGCCCGUGCCGGGUUCAAGGACGACUUCCGGGGGCUUUUGUUAGGGGAGUGCCGGCGGGCCGGGGGUAAGUGCCGGUCGGUGGACUGCAGCGGUGGGCGGUGCGGUAACCGGAGCGCGGAGACGUUGGGCUUGUUCCUCGACUCGGCGUUCUGCCUCCAGCCGCGAGGUGAUAGUUUCACGCGGCGGUCGAUGUUCGACUGCAUGGUGGCGGGGGCGGUGCCGGUCCUGUUCUGGCGGAGGAGCGCGUACGUGCAGUACCCCUGGUUUUUACCGGCGGGGGAGGAGUGGUCGGUGUUUAUAGACCGGAGGGAGGUCAGAAGCGGCGCAGUGAGCGUAAGAGGGGUGUUGGAGGGGAUCGGCGCGGAGAAGGCGAAGCAGAUGCGAGAGAAAGUGGUGGAGCUGAUACCGAGAUUGGUGUACGCGGCGGCGGAGGGGGGGUUGGGGGAGGGGAUGGAGGACGCAUUCGACGUGGCGGUGGAUCGUGUCUUGAGGCGUUUCCGCGACCGCCGGCGGAGGACGGGGGAAUCGGAAACGGUUUUGGGGUGAGUCGAGUGAGGAGAGAGAAGGAGCGCCUAGGGGCGGGAGGUGUGACAGGGGCUGAAGUGGUGCUCAUAUAUCUUUUACUUAAUUUGGUUUACACCUUCCGGUUACCAUUAUUCUUUCUCGUGGGUGUAGAGCUACAUCGAAGGGAGGAGUAUGGAAUUGUCACUAUAAAUAAUUGUCAGGUGUUACAGACAUUGUUGCCUACAAAAUAAUAAUAUAGAAUUGUGUUUGAGUACUUUUGUUGAGUUUUUGAUUUGUAUGUGCUGGUGGGAUGAAUGAAGAAUUUGGUGAAAGCUCUGGUGGGUACGGUCAUCUGAACCGCGGAGGAUACGGUCAUAGAGGUCUGCUCUCCUCCCUAAAUCAAUGAGUGUUCCAGAGGAACAGUUUUA